GUCACCGAUGAACGCGGGCCUGCUGGCGGUGUCGGCGCUGCACGUGGCGGUGUGCGUGUGGAGCGCGUGCCGCACCUACCGGCUGGCGUGCCCCUGCGCCCGCGGCUCGGCCGCCUCCUCGCGCUCCGACGGCAGCCGCGGCAGCUCGUGGUACAGCAGCGUGGCCAGCGGCCGCCGCCGCCUCGUCUCCUCCUGGCUGGGCCAGCAGCACCGGCCCACCGCCGCAGCCGGCGCCGGCGCGCCCCAGGUCGUCCUCGUGGCGCCGCCGCUGCCGCCGCCGGGGCAGCCCAUAUUGGCUCCAUUGUAUGCCAUCCAGACGCCAGCAACAAAGUUGCAACCAGCAUCAGUCAUCAAUUUUCACAUACCAGCAUCAUUGCCUUACAUGAAUCCAAUGCCAAAACAUCGUCAUGGACGACCUAGACCACAGUCUUUACCUUACAGUCAAAGUCUGGCUCGACCAAAACGGAAACGUAUAGUAGAAGACCAGCGGAGACACCACACACUGGAUGGAAGGCACAGUAACAGUGUGCCUGCAAAAACUCAGCCAAAGAAGAAGAGACAAAUAACAGAGGAAGAAGUUGAGAAAACAUACACAGGUCUCGAUCGUAAUCUUGCAGAAGAGUUCAUCUCUAUCGCAAUGGAGCCUGGUGUUGGUAAGGAGAGACUGGCUCGAUCUGCAAGUGACGGAGUCAGCAGCAGUUCACAGCCUCCUGCCAGCAUUUAGUCCUACUAUCACCAAGACUGUGAAUCAGAGUGAGAUGUAGGACCAUGUGAUCCAGUGUGUGAUUUCAUGUCCAGAAAGUUCAUAAAUUAUAAAUGUUAGACCACUUUCAGACUGAAGACGUGGUGUAAAUAUACACAUGGACUGAUUCUACAACAAAAUGUGUGGAUUAUGCAUCCUGACAAAGAUCCAUGCAGAAACAAAGUGCAAUAUUUUCAUUCAGCUGAAUGAUUUGAGUUACCACAACAUAAAGAAAGUUAUUGUCAUAGAUUUAUUCCUUCACUGCUUUUAUCAUCAUUUUUUCAUCAAUUUAACGUACAUUCUAGUAUUGCAUUCUGUGCUUGUGCUUUUGCUUUGUGUGUGUGUGUGUGUGUGUGUGUGUGUGUGUGUGUGUGUGUGUGUAAGAGAGAGAGAGAGAGAGAGAGAGAGAGAGAGAGAGAGAGAGAGUGUAUACAUGUGUGUGAAAAAGAGAGAGGAAGAGAGAGAGAGAGAGAGAUUGCUCCCAAUCAGCAUUCUCUCUACUGGUGUCAUUACAUUUUACUACGAAAUCAUGUAGGUACAGUUCUUUUGAAGAAUUUUGUACACAUCAUUAUACAGAUAAAAUCUUUAGUUGAACAUUACAUCUUAGAACAAAUAUAUGUAUGGCAAUAAGGAACUGACAAUUUUGUAUGAGAGUAACUGCAGAAAUUUUUCAUAUACAUACUACCCAUUUCAGAAGAGUUACACGAAAAUAAAUAAUACAGUAUUACAUUUGUAAGAAAUACAAACUGAAAUCUAUUAUUGUAUGGGAUUGCUGGCACAAUAUUUUAUCUGUAAAGAACAAUAAAUAGUCUGUACAUCAUAA